UUAAUUCGCCCCAUAGCAACAAGCGACGGCACAAAAUAUUGUACUAGAUAAAAGCCUAAAGCAAUAUGAGUGCCAUGCUGCCCCUCCUCUUGUCCUCGUUACUUCUGGUCAUGGCUGCUGGAGAUGGACGGCGUGCAAAUCUCGCGGGCACCGAUGAGACGGCAGCAAUCACUGCCUACUGGCAAACAGUGCUGCCGAACUCUCCGAUGCCAUCGGCCAUGCUCGAGCUUCUUGCCGCAGCUGCCGGUAAUAACGACAAAAAGAAGUUCGACAAAGCUUUUAUGCACAGCCUCGACAAGAACAACGACGACCAGAAGAACAAAAUUUUUAGGUAUGGUUCAGAAGUGAAGACAGAUGACCAGAAGAACAGAAUUUUUCGAUACGGACCAGAAGUGAACACCGAUGAAAAGAAGACCAAAAUUUUUAGGUAUGGUCCAGAAGUGAACAACGAUGACCAAAAGAACAGAAUUUUUAGGUACGGUGCAGAAGUGAACACGAAUGACCAGAAGAACAGAAUUUUUAGGUACGAUCAAGAAGUGAACACUGAUGACCAGAAGAACAGAAUUUUUAGGUACGGUCCAGAAGUGAACAGUGAUGACCAAAACCAGAAGAACAAAAUUUUUAGGUACGGUCCAGAAGUGAACACCGAUGACCAGAAGAACAAAAUUUUUAGGUACGGUCCAGAAGUGAACACCGAUGACCACAAGAACAGAAUUUUUAGGUACGGUCCAGAAGUGCACAAGCCAGUCAGUAUCAUGAAGAGUGCAUCCAAUGUGCAAGAAGCUAGGAACGACGGAGAGAGCCUGCAUGUACAGAAGAAUAUAAUUUUUAGGUACGGCCCAGAAGUGAACACUGAUGACCAGAAGAACAGAAUGUUUAGGUACGGUCCAGAAGUGAACACCGAUGGCCAGAAGAACAGAAUUUUUAGAUACGGUCCAGAAGUGAACACCGAUGGCCAGAAGAACCAAAUUUUUAGGUACGGUCCAGAAGUGAACACCGAUGCCCAGAAGAACAGAAUUUUUAGGUACGGUCCAGAAGUGAACACCGAUGCCCAGAAGAACAGAAUUUUUAGAUACGGUCCAGAAGUGAACACCGAUGACCAGAAGAACAGAAUUUUUAGGUACGGUCAAGAAGUGAUUACUGAUGAGCAGAAGAACAGAAUUUUUAGGUACGGUCCAGAAGUGAACAAGCCAAUCAGUAGCAUGAAGAGUGCAUACAAUGUGCAUGAAGCUGGGAACGACGGAGAGAGCCUGCAUACCCACGGUGAUAUGACCAUGGCAUUCUUUAUGGAAGAAUCCCUUAUAGCAGGAUCCACGGUCACCCCCUACAUCCCAUCGUCAUCUAUCUCAGGUGCUCUCCUGUUGCAACGUGAUGUGGCUGCCUCCAUCCCCAUGUCCAUGAGAAGCCUCACCGACAUUCUGACAAUGUUCGCGCCGGCGUCCCACGCCAUGGCCAACGCCAUAUGGUCCGCGCUUGACGUUUGUGAGAACUCACACCCUAUAAGAGGUGAGAAGAUGACAUGUGCCACCUCCCUAGAGUCUAUGGUGGAGUUUGCCGCGUCUGUGCUCACCGGCGGCAUCAAGCGAGACCUCCAGGCCUUGUCCUCCCCCGACGUGCCCAUCGAGGGCGUCAUGUCAGCAAGAAAGUACAAGGUGUCAGCGGCUCGAAGGACCACGGAGUUGAGCAAGAGUGUGACUUGCCAUGGCAUGACUUUCCCGUUCGCGGUGUUUAUGUGCCACGCGGUGAACCCAACCAGGGUUUACACGGUGACGCUGGAGAAGGAGGACCUUGGCAGCAGUGGAGGACCGGACAGGAUGGAGGUACUCGCUGUGUGCCACCUCGACACGUCAAACUUCAACCCAAGGAAGAUGCCGGCGCACAUCAAGCCUGGUGACGCCCCGCUUUGCCACUUCAUUGUUCGGGACAGCAUCCUCUGGGCCCCCGCAACGCCUGUUGUUGCUGCUGCUUAAUUAUUUCACACACGCAUGUGUAUGUAAGUGCGCAAGCAUGCAUGGUUUGCGCACUUGAUGGUGCGAAUAAUUGCUACGCUGUUGUGGCAUUGUGAGUCGUUUGAUGCUAUUUUCAAUUUUAUUGUGCAAGUCUGCCAUUAUCCUCUAAAUAAAUUUCCCCUUCCCCAACC